AUGGAAAGCGCCAUGCAUGGCAGCGUUGCAAAUGGCGGUUAUGUUGGUUUAAAUCAGACAGAACAGGACAUAGUGGAUGUGUAUAAAUCGUUGUGCACGCUUGCCAGGUCUUGCAUCCGCGAUGUAGGAGACGAGGUGCGUUAUAUCACCGUCCCAGUAGACGAGCAGGCAGAAGACCUCACACGACUAAUGAACGAACUGGUGUACAUCAAGUGGGUUCUUUCACUCUCCCGAGGAACAACGGAUGAAAAUCCGUUUUUGCUCACGGUCGCUUCUGUCGGACAGAGCGUGUCAAACGCCUUGCUGUCGUGCCUAGAAAAGGAAGACCAAAGGCAACCCUUAUUGUGUGGUCUGUGUGCUAUAAGGCGUUACCAUAUCGUGGAAGAUGUAACUGCUACAAGCGGUAACGGGAGCGUUGGCGCAGAGGAAAAUUUAAGGGCCGAAAAUAGAAUAAAACAGCUCAUGGUACGUAGUGGAAUAACUGCAGACGAUGUUGAAAGCUCCUUGUCUAUAGUUUACAAACCCGGAAGAUAUAUGGGUUUGGCAUUCGCGCCGAUGCGUGGCGAUUUGAGAGGCGACGUGGUGACUGUCCACACAUACACAGAUGGGAAGAUCGCGGAGUCGGUAUCUGAAAUAUUUAGCAGUUGUACGCGAACCACAUGUACUGUUCGCGGGGGCACUAUGACCUUCAUGAACACUUCUUCCUCAUUCCAUCUACACUUGGAUGCCUCUACGCAGCAUGGCGUCCAGAGCAGUAGCGCAAAAUGCGUUCCUCAAUUUUCUCGGGCAAGCAACAUUACGUACAAGGGCGAGAGGUGCCCCGUCGUUUAUGUGACACACAAGAUAGUGCGAAUACUAGCGCAGCACAACCGUGCGUUACACACCUUAGAGGUGGAAAAGGCGCUGCGCAGCCUUGGUUUCAUGGGUGUCGACAUAUGUACCAACAAGGAGCUGUUCGAGUCACUGCAAAAAGUCAAACGUAUAGAAUUCGACAUUGUACGCAAACGACUGUUGUAUAAAAACCCAUAUGAAUCGGUUACUAGCGCUGAUGCCCUAGUGGACUAUGUCAACAAACAUUAUGUAGUCAAGGGGCUGCGAGUUAACGAGGAACUAUUAAACACCAACCCAAAGAUGGUGGAGUGGAUAGAUGACGUGCUGAGACAUCGCAAGUUACGAGCAGUGCGUUCUACAAUAUCAAAUGUCAAGGGCAAACGCAAAUGCCGAUACGCCGGUAAAUCCAACCAGUGUACUCUUUACAGCAGCGCGAAAUGUGGAGAAUGCGCGAAUAAUGUGCGAGAUGUGUUAUUGUUCCCGCUCGGCAAAGAAAACUUUGAGCAGGACCGUUUCAAGCUGGACCACGACAUCAAGGACUUGUGGGACGCCGUCGCGAUGCCACCCCUUGACCAACUACUGAAGGAGUACAACGUCAGCCAAGUAGAGCACACCUACGUCGCUCCACAGAGAUCGCGGAGGAGAGGCAGGGAACCCAAACAAAGUAACUCCGGGGUUAAAAUGCGCCGGAUCUACAACACACACCUGUUCACCGCACAAGAGCUGUCCGCAGAUAUAUGCAAAACACUACGCAAAUGA